CCAUUCUUCCGAUGCAGACAGACACACAACAUGGCGGACUAGAAUAGUCGGCCGACGCGCCCGGAUACAGCGGAUAAACCGUGGGAUUUAUUAUCCAGGAAGGCCGAGAAAGUUCCCCCCGGAGGAACGCUGCGUGCGGGGCGAACUGAGGAGUCUCCUUUUCGUGCCGGGGCGCCUCCCUUGCCUGGAUGUAGCCGAGGGAAAACUGACGGCGAAGUGUUGACUGUGUCCCGGAUCGCGCUAUCACCCAGGUCCCCCCCACCCCGCUCACACUCUCGGUUCCUGGGGUGUGGAGUCGGGGGCCGGGGUUGAACAAAACACACACACACACACACACACACACACACACACACACACACACAACGUGGAGGCGAAGGAGAGGAUAAACCCCUGCGUGGCUGUGAUUCCUCUUCUUGUUCGAACCCCUCCGCGGGUUUCCCCCUUCGGCUGCUACGGGAGUUGCGGACAACACCGUGCGAAUGAGUGAUUGAUGCCAACUUCGCUUCUUCAGGGCAGAAUGGGUGUGUGUCCCCUGCUCCUGCUGCUCAGUCUAGCCCUGGGGGCCUUAGCCCAGGAUCAUGUCCCCAUCACAAGCCCUCCAAAUAUCACUGCCAAACCCACAGACCCCCCGGUCGCACCUUCGCUCAACUUUACAGUCGCGGAGACACCUGCCCCCCCUGGCCCGGCCACAACGCUCGCCCCUGCAGUCGUCCCGGUGACGACAGUAACUACAACGACAACAACAACCACGAGCCCAGCUGAUGGAGAGGACAUACAACCCGAGGGUCCCGAUGCAACUGGCAAACUGUUACCAAUUCCACCUCCCCCAGCUCCGGCUCCAACCGAUGCCCCUCAGGCACCACCGAGCACCGAGCCUCUACCUCCUCCCACCGAGGUCGGCGGAGACAACGGGACCACAGCUUCGACUCCAGACGACCCGACUACAGAGACUUACAUAGAGCCUAUAUUCACCGUGGAGACAGAGACCACCACAGAACCUGAAGUGGAGUUCACCACAGACUCCAGCCCACAUGACAACAACCAGUCUGACGACAUGCCCAUCAUAGCUGUGAUGGUGGCCCUGUCCUCGCUGCUGGUCAUCAUCUUCAUCAUCAUCAUCCUCUACAUGCUCAGGUUUAAGAAAUACAAGCAGGCGGGAAGCCACUCCAACUCAUUCAGACUGACUAAUGGAAGAUCGGAUGAUACAGAACUCCAGAGCGUCCCGCUAUUGGCCCGUUCACCCAGCACAAACAGGAAGUACCCGCCCCUUCCCGUUGACAAGCUAGAGGAAGAAAUGAACCGACGCAUGGCUGAUGACAACAAACUCUUCAGGGAGGAGUUUAAUGCACUGCCAGUCUGCCCCAUUCAGGCAUCGUGUGACGCUGCUUCCAAGGAAGAGAACAAAGAAAAGAACCGAUAUGUCAACAUCCUGCCAUAUGAUCACUCCAGGGUGCAUCUCUCAUCUCUGGAGGGAGUCCCUGACUCUGACUUCAUCAACGCCUCCUUUAUAAAUGGUUACCAAGAGAAGAAUAAGUUUAUUGCAGCUCAAGGACCAAAGGAGGAGACGGUAAACGACUACUGGCGAAUGAUCUGGGAGCAGAACACGGCGACCAUUGUCAUGGUGACCAACCUAAAGGAGAGAAAAGAGUGUAAGUGUGCCCAGUACUGGCCGGACCAGGGCUGUUGGACAUACGGGAACAUCCGCGUAUCUGUAGAAGACACAAUGGUUCUGGUGGACUACACAAUCCGCAAGUUCUGCAUCCAACAGGUGGGAGAUGUGUCUGGGAAGAAGCCUCAGCGGCUCAUCACACAGUUCCACUUCACCAGCUGGCCAGACUUCGGGGUGCCCUUCACCCCCAUUGGCAUGCUCAAGUUCCUCAAGAAAGUCAAGAACUGCAACCCCCAGUACGCCGGUGCCAUCGUGGUCCAUUGUAGUGCGGGCGUGGGGAGGACGGGUACCUUCAUCGUGAUCGACGCUAUGUUGGACAUGAUGAACUCUGAGAGGAAGGUGGACGUGUUCGGCUUUGUCACCAGGAUCAGAGCCCAGCGCUGUCAGAUGGUCCAGACUGAUAUGCAGUACGUGUUCAUCUUCCAGGCGUUGUUAGAGCACUACCUGUACGGAGACACGGAGCUGGAGGUGACCUCUCUAGAGUCCCAUCUGGCCAAACUCUACACCCCCUCACCUGGAGCUGGCUGCAGUGGUCUGGAGGCUGAGUUCAAGAAGCUGACAUCCAUCAAGAUUCAGAACGACAAGAUGAGAACGGGCAACCUGCCCGCCAACAUGAAGAAGAACCGAGUCCUGCAGAUCAUUCCGUACGAGUUCAACAGAGUGAUCAUUCCAGUCAAACGAGGCGAGGAGAACACGGACUAUGUUAAUGCCUCUUUCAUUGACGGCUACCGUCAGAAGGACUCGUACAUGGCCAGCCAGGGCCCCCUGCAGCACACCAUCGAGGACUUCUGGAGGAUGAUCUGGGAGUGGAGAAGUUGCUCCAUAGUCAUGCUCACUGAGCUGGAGGAGAGAGGGCAGGAAAAGUGUGCUCAGUAUUGGCCCAGCGAUGGAGUGGUGGUCUACGGGGACAUCUCCAUCGAGCUUAAAAGGGAGGAGGAGAGUGAGAGCUAUACAGUGCGUGACCUCCUGGUCACCAACAACAGGGAGAACAAAGCUCGAGCGGUGCGUCAGUUCCACUUCCACGGCUGGCCAGAGGUGGGCAUCCCCACGGACGGAAAAGGAAUGAUCAAUAUUAUUGCUGCGGUGCAGAAACAACAGCAGCAGUCUGGCAACCAUCCCAUCACUGUGCACUGCAGUGCUGGCGCUGGCCGGACAGGGACAUUCUGCGCAUUGAGUACAGUCCUGGAGAGGGUGAAGGCUGAGGGCAUCCUGGACGUCUUCCAGACGGUCAAGAGCCUCAGACUGCAGAGACCCCACAUGGUGCAGACAUUGGAGCAGUACGAGUUCUGCUACAAAGUGGUCCAGGAGUACAUCGAUGCCUUUUCUGACUACGCCAACUUUAAGUAGGCACCUACCAUGGGUGGAUGGAUGGAUGGAGGAAUGGAUGUCCACAUACACUUUAUACAAGCACGCGCCAGAACCGACACACACAUACGUUACCCUGCAGAAAACUGCAUAUUCCCAUCUGAUGGAUUAAAAACAACAGCAACAAAAAAAGAAAAAAGAGAGACUCGUCGCAACUCGAUCUGUGGAUGGGAUGAACUGCCCGGAAGAAAAGGGAACAGACAUCUCAGCCCGGAGGACAGGGCAGUGCAGUCGGACAGAGAAAAUAACUGAGAUGCCUUCUUGAAUAUUUUGUUAUAUUGAUCUUGUCAAUACAGCCCCUCACCCCUAUUUCCCUACCACACGCCACCCACCCACCCCCCAUAUGUACAUAUACUCACUGUGUUGCAUCUUAUUACUUUGGUUUCAGACACAGUUUGGCUGCAUUUUCGGGUGGCACCUGUAAUGUAUUUUAUUGGUACAUAUAUAUAUAUAUAUAUGUAUAUAUAUAUAUAUAUAUAUAUAUAUAUAUAUAUAUAUAUAUAUAUAUAUAUAUAUAUACACACACACAUAUAUGGAUAGAAAUCUGAUGCUUUGGAGGCUAAUGUAAAAAAAAAAAACAAUCCAGAGUCAAGCUAAUGAUGUUUGGGAUUGUUACUUUAUAGGGACUGAGACUUAAGACGUUUUUGGCGUUGCCUGAGCCGCGCUGUAGCGACGUGUGCGGUAGCAGAACCCAGGAGUUUCUGCCUUUGCAGAAAAAAACCUGGAUUGUUUCAACUCCCGGACACAUACACACACAUACACACACACACACACACACACACACACACGCACACGCACACGCGCACACACACAGAGCCAUUUUUCAUUCUGUGCAUCUACUUGCCAUCAUCAGGCCACCUACAAGUGGAGAUCGGAAUCUCUGUGACGUAGCUCAAAGUCUCAGGUUGACACACACACACGCUAACACAUAAGCAUCCGCUCUUAAUACCAGGAGCGUUCAUAUUUUUUCGGGACAUGUUUGUGUGCGUUUGAGCUGUAGCAUGAGCUGGCAGCGAGGACAACUGCGUGUUUUCACAUCACCGUCUUCUCUCCGCCGAGUGCCGAGGUCUCUCGCUCACGUAGUCAUGCAGCUCCAGAGCUGGAGAGACUUCACCAGCCAAUGUUUUAGACAUUCAGCACGAGAAAGCUACUUUACUCUCCGACCAUCAGCAACCAACACAUUCCUGUGUUGCAGGAAUGUAGAGAAAAAUGAUUUUCUGUUCUUUCAUUUUUUUUUGUUGCCCCGUACAGUAAAGUAAUCCAAGGCUGAGGAGAAUUGGUCGAGCUUUUAAACUCAAACAGCACAGUCACUAACUAACUCCAAUAUUGCAUCAUAGAAAUCAACAAAUGUUAUAUACCCAGCAUAUUUCUCUUUUUUCUUGUUUACAGACACGCGUCAGUAUUUCUUUUAGAUUGUAUUGAUACAUUUCUUUUCUGUAUGGGCUUCCCUAUUAUUUCUUUAAAUCUAUGGGCCUCACAUCAACACGCCGUACUGUCACUGUUUUAAGAGUGAUUCCCUCAUGUCUCCCACCAUGAACACUGAUGCCGACGAAUGUUUCCUUUCAUUCAAAAUGCUGUUGCUAUGAUAUUCCUCAAAGAUGGAUGCGUUGUUACUUUUAGUAGUGGAGGUGUGCCAUGCGACGUUUGCAAUUUCUUUUCUUUCCUAAAUGCCUGUGCUGUGAGGACACUCGGGCUUGAACUACAGCUUUUUGCUAUUUUUAAAAAAUAUAUAUUUUAAUUUAUAGAGAAUUGAGGCCAUGCCCUUUGUGAUUGUAACGAAAGAUGAAUGAUGUCAGUAAAACACGGCUUCAGGUCAGCCCUAAUUUCAACUCGGGUCAGCUCAGGAAAUGACUGACGCCUGGAUUGUUUUCAAAUUUACAAACUGAACAGAUUGAGCUCGAGUUUUUCUCCGAGGCUGACCCGUGUUCAAAUGGUUUCAACUCCCACUGUUGGAGUCUCCAGACAUCAGGCCUCGCUUUAGAAUUUAAUGCUGUGAUGUUAAAAAUUCUAUUUCCUUUAGGGAUUUUUUGAGAUAUUUCAUUCUUUUUAAUGUAGAUUUUAACCAAAUGAGGCCCCGUACUUGUACAUAAUUUACAUCACACUCACACACAAACUAGUCUAAAUUACACUAACAAUCCCCAUGACUCGUAUGAAAAAGUAGGCGCACAAUCAGAUUUAAUUUAUUGAGAGUGGACGUCGUUGAACGUACGUGCUGAAUCUUCAGGACGGGGGCGGUUGUUGUCAAUGUUGAUUGUCUGAACACUCAUGCACUAUUUGCACCAAAAGCAAAGCCCUUAAAUUUCCACAGCCAAAUGAGGUCAGAAAGGCCAGAGAGAAGAUUUGGCCUUGAUAUUGGAAUAUGGGAACUAUAUUUGAACUCUUGACGCGCUUUCAGGUCUCGGACGCCCCAGGUCGAGCCUCCUGCGGGGACUUUCAGUAGCAGAUUUUUGAACUGACCAGUCACUGAAAUUGUUGGUUGUUUGUCCAUCAUCAUCAUCAUCAUCAUCAUCAUCAUCAUCAUCAUCGUCAUUUCAGGUCUUGUUUCAUUCCAAAGGAUCACAAGUGCCCGCACUGUUAGUUAGGUGCCAUGUUGUUCAUCGUUUAUUUAGUUUGUCACUUCCUGUGGUCCUUUAAAUAAUGGAAGAGGGGGAUUCUUUCUUGUUUGACUGGUCUCUCUGCGCCUGAAUUAUAUGGGUUUAUUAUCUAUGUUGUUGGAUCACGUCAUCGCUAUCUCUCUGUAAUUUGGCCACAAAACAACAAGACACUGUGCCAACCCUCGAGACCCGACCCACUAUAUUGAACUUAAAAAGUGCCUCAAGAAUGGGUUCUCAACACAAAUGAAUUUUCAUCUUUACCUACACUAUGUGGUGGAACCAUUGGCAUCCUCGGGGCUGUGCUUUGGAUUUCCCCAACUAGCAUGUACUUCCCAAACAUCACCUGCAGACCAAGGACAAACCUCUUUAGUUGAUUAGGCAAAAACCAAGACUGGGUCAGUCGUCCUUCCUUUGACAUUCCCUCGAGUCGCAUCUAUAUCGAGAUACCGAGAUCCUUGAUUGUGCAGAUCAAACCAUAUGAGGUCACUUUUAAUUCAUUUCUUUUUUGAUUUUAAUGGCUUCAUCUCAUUCCAUAUCAGUUGAACGCAGGGUCCAUGACAAGUAAUCAGUUGUGGAUAACCAAAUGUUAAACGAAAAUUCAUUAAAUUUCUCCCAAAACAAAUACAAUUGCAUCUUUUUACGCAUCACCACCGAUGGAAACCAAUUUUUCCUUGUUUCACAUCACUUUAAUUCCGGAAUUUUUGCCCCCAUGGAGCAUCUUCAGACUGUAUACAGAGAGGCAGACUAGUCUCAAACUUCCUCUUCUUCUCUCCACCUUUAUAUGUCCGUCAUGUCUCCACCCACUGUUGUCGUCUCAUCGCUACAUUUCCCUGGUUCACUUUGUCCUUGGACCAUUCUUUCCCGGUGGUCACUGCACCCACUCUCUUUUGUACAUAAAGUAAGGUUAUUUAUAUUUCAUUCCUGUCUGCUGCCUUGCUUAUUUUUAACCCGCCCCCCACCCCCCUUCUUUUUUUAAAGAUGUGUAUUGAACUGUAUUGGGACCAUUUUGAAAUGUAUUAGAGAUGUUUCGUUUUGGCCAUUUUUAAUUUGUUAUAAUUGUCUUAAGCAAAUCUUUUUUUCUUUUUUUUUUAAUUUGCCUGUUUGUUUCUAGUGUUCUGUUAUUCAACAUUUGAAUAUAUGUAUAUAUAAUUAUAUAUGAUAAAAUGAUAUAUAAUUAUAUAAUGCCAAAUGGCCUUCCUAAGCAAGAUACUGUUCAAACCUAAUAAAGUGCUUGAGAUUUUA